ACCUACCGUAUGCAAAAUUUAAUUUUCUCAUCUUGAUUGCCUUCUCAUGGAUCUCUAGGGUUUUUCAGCGAAUCUCACUGCCCGGCCGCCUUGUUCAUCGUCUUCCAAGGGGCGCCAUCUGUGGCUUGAGGCGUUCCUCGCCGACUUUGAUCGCUCUUUGGGAUCAUCCUGUUUGUGGCAUCUUCCUGGAUCUCCGAUUGCAUCUGAGUUAUUUGUUUGGGUCGUUUGAUGGACUUCGAGCAACCAGAUCGGUACGGAAACAGGAGGGGCUACCAGCGGGCGGGGCCAUCUCAGGUUCCAGACAAAAGCAACAAGGUAUGCUUCCACUGGCAGGCGGGGCGAUGCAGCCGUCACCCGUGUCCCUUUCUCCAUAGCGACCCGCCGCAGACUGUGCUCGCCGAUGGCGCUGCCAAGCGGGGGGACUUGCAAGGCCACGUGUCUAGAAAUAUUGCCUCUGCGGGUGCGCCGCCCUCCAAGUGGGGUAAGGGUCGAGCGGGUGGCAAGGCUCCCGACAAAAUCUGCAAUUACUUCCUCGCUGGAAAUUGUAGUUUCGGAGAUAAGUGUAGGUUCCUGCAUUCGUGGUUCAUGAGCGAUAGCUUCUCUCUCUUGACCCAUCUCCAGGGGCAUCAAAAGGUAGUGACUGGUAUCGCUCUGCCUUCAGGGUCUGAUAAACUCUACUCUUGUAGCAAGGAUGAGUAUGUUCGUGUUUGGGAUACUCAAACUGGGAAGUGCGUUGGAGCCAUCAAUAUGGGAGGUGAGGUUGGAUGUAUGACCAGUGAAGGUCCUUGGUUAUUUAUUGGAGUUGUGAAUGCUGUCAAGGCAUGGAACACACAAACAACAACAGAACAAGGCCUGGAUGGCCCUGUCGGACAAGUUUACGCUUUGACCGUUGGUAAUGGUAUGCUAUUUGCUGGAACACAGGAUGCACGAAUAUUGGUGUGGAAAUUUAGUGCUACUGGGAAUGUCUUUGAAACUUAUAAACCCUUGCACACAGGGAUACUUAUAUUAUGCUUUCUGUUAUCCGUGACAGUAUAGUUUAAUUAAAAAUUGUACUCAUUGGAAUCUUUCAAAAGAUUUUGUGAGUAGAGUUACGUAAUUUUUCUCCAAGAAGCAAUCACUUCCCCUCCUGUAGUUACCUAGCAGUCAUUUUAAACAAUCGUAUGAUUUUAGUCUAACUUUAAACUUAAUUGAAAUUGAAAUGCAUUAUCUGGGAUUUUAUUCUCACAUGAGAUAAUUGCAUAAAUUUGUGUAGUCUAAUUCAAUUGUGUUAGGCAUCUAACAUUGUUUCCAUAGUCAAGCUAACUAAUACACCAAUAUCCAGUUUUCUAUGUACUAUUCAUAUCGUGGCCAGUUAAACCAUUAUUUAAAUCUAUGUUUUAGAUUGUUUUUCAUACUAUCAUGUUGUAUCACUCUUUGCUUAUUCCUUUGCUGUAGUAUCAACUUGAAAUAUGAAAAUAAUCUUUAAGCUCAAUCACAAUUCAAGAUUUAUUAGCAUUUUGAAGAAGAUGGUGUUUCAACAUUGCUCUAAAAGGUGAUAUUAGUAAUUCUUAAUUUAAUAUUCUCCUCUAUUGUAAUAUUAUUUUAAUGGUGAUUGUCUGAGGUUAUUGAAAUUUAUUAUGUCAAUACAAGUAGAAUCUUUUUGAGUUUCUGAGGUUAUCUGUUUAAAUAAAAAUCUUCUCUUCCUAUUAGCUAAUUUUGUUGCUUGCUAGUGAUUAUGCUUAUCUACUAUUUGCUUUACUCUCACAUGUGAGAGUCAGUUCUUUUCUUAUAUGUUUGUUUAUAUCAGAUAUUUAAGUUUAUUUUAUUUAUAACAAGUACUCUCUUUUUUCUUGU